AUGGCUCAGUAUGUAAGGGAAACAACGACAACGACGACUGAAUAUAAUAAGAAUAAUGUAAACAAUAGUAAUGCUUACUAUGCCGAGCAACAACAGGAUGCUAUUAAUGUACUUAAUGGAACCACCACUGCUAAUAAUACUACUGCAACUUUGCCAACGGUUACCAAAGACCAGAUAUAUGACAACAGUGCAGUAGGUUACAGCUACGAUGCGUCUUACUAUAAUGGUCAGGAUUAUUCUCAGUAUUAUGAUUAUUCGCAACAGCAACAAUAUUACGAUACAAAUCAGCAGCAAUACGAUCCAAAUCAACAUCAGUACGGACAAGCCACUUACGAUUCUUCGUAUGGCUACUACUAUGGUCAGACCUAUGAUCCUAGUCAACCGUAUAAUUCCUCACUCUACUCCAAUGAUCCUACUCAUGAUUCUACGUUAUAUCAACAUGAUACUUCCGCCUAUUAUAAUUAUCUGCCCGAAUCAUCUGAUCAAAUCUAUCAAGAUCCUCAAUAUUAUCAGAAAGUACCCGCGGAGUAUCCUACUGUAGCUGCAGAGGAACAGCAACAGCAACAACAGCAAUCCAUAAUAACGAAUGAUGAAAAUUUGAAUAAAACAGCAAAUCAUGAGGCAGAUCCUGAAUCGAUCUUUGAUGCACUAGGGAAUGAAAGUUUGGAUAAAUCAGUAAACCAUGAGGCUGAUCUUGAAUCUGUUUUUGAUGCAUUAGGGGAUAAAACAGAGACCAUACAAAAAAAAUUGAGCACAGAGGAUUUACAGCUGAAAAAUUCUGCUAAUGAGAAAUCUGCUGAAGACGAUAAGAAUGCGAAUGUAAAUUGUAAAUCAUUGGAAUUUAAUUUGACAAAAUCCGAAGAAUCAGUUGGUACAAUAACUGAUAUAAAUGUGAAUCCGAAUUUGCAAAUUCUCAAUUCAGAUGACAUUAUUGAACAACAUAAAUCUGAGGAUGUAAAUCAAAAUUCCGAUCUCACUCAGUCCACAAAUGAUCCUUCCUAUCAAGAACAAGCUUCCGGAAUGACUGAAGCUGCAUCGAGUCUGACAACAACUCAAGUUAAGGAAGCUGUAAAUGCUAAAAAUGAUGAAGUAUCGCAAUCCAUAGAGAACAUCUCGACUCAAAAAGAGGAGACAUCUUUAGAAAAUUUAGUGGAUGGUGAUCUUGCAACAACAAUAUCUCAGGAAAACUCUUCAGAAAUUACAUCAAUAAUCAAAGAAGAGGAAGUUGUAUCUAACGAUUCUAGAAAAGAAGAACAUGAAGACGUUUCAAAUUUAUCCCAUGGAGAUAAUUCCAAUGAUACAGUCACGGCUACCUCCAAUGUUUCUCUUACAGAAACCACGGAAAAAACUGACGAUAAUUCAUUAAUAGCUGUUGACAAAAAUACUUUAGAUGACAAUGUUAACAAUGCUUUAGGUGUCAAUAUUAACAACAAAAACAAUGACCCAAUAAAUAAAGUGGACGCUGACUCGCAAGAAAAGGAUGAAUUAUAUUUUGGUGAAACUAAUAAAGGAGUUGGUCUUGAUGGUGAUGAUCAAGAUUUAUUUCAAAAUACCCCCGUUACUAAUAAUCCUUAUUAUUCAGACUAUAGUUAUUAUGACGGUCAAAAUUGGGAGCAAGUGUAUGGAGGAGAAUAUCUAAAUUAUGAUGCUUAUGGGACUCAAUACCAACAGCAACAGGAAAAUACAAAUGGACAUGAUGGUCAAAUUUCUAAUUAUUCAUGGGUGAAUAAUCAAAGUGUUAGCCCUAAACAGAUACAGGAAACAACAUCCCAUCUAUCUGAACUGUCAUUAGAAACACAAACAUUACCUACCCUCUACCAAGUAUCAAAUUCACCUGCUAUCGCUAAUAAUGUGAGCAUUUGUCCAGAUCCUAAUUGUCAUGGUGAAAAUAAACCGACUGCUAAAUUUUGCUGUGAAUGUGGACGGUCCAUGGAGAAUAAUUUCUCUGAAAUCCCAUUUUCUCAAGAAAAGUUGCAUGACUAUUACACAAAUACACAAAAUGCCACCACAUCACCAAAUCCGUAUACGCAACCUCACGUUGGAUAUUCUGCAGAAAUUAACCAAAGGAACAAUAUAAAUGGAGGUUAUGAUUCUCAACAUAAUUACUAUGAGUACAAUCAAUCUUAUAGUUAUGACACAAGUGACCCUCUCCAAAGAUCUAGAGGUUGUCCUGUGAUAGCUUUUGGUUUUGGUGGACAUAUUUUUACCAUGUUUCCUCGUACAGUCCAACGCUUUACGAGCACGGAUCAAAGCAUUCCAAUUACUAAAUCUGCGCCGGGUGCAUUCAUUAUGCGGACACUUAAAGAUAUCAUUCCAAUGUCCAAGGUUGAAAAUUUCCCUGGUCCCUUGUUAAUGGAUAAUAAUAAAGGUGGUGUAAAAUCCAAACGGAAAGAAAUCUUAAAGUAUAUAGAUCUUCGUUUGAACGAAGUGAAAGACCAACCGUUAUCGCACGAGGUUUCCGAUAUCGAGAAAGUAACUGCUGAAGAUUCUGCUACUAUAUGGAAAUUACUUAAAAUAAUGAUUGAAAAUGACGGACAUAUUAUUGGAAAUACCAAGGUUGAAGAAGCGGUACGUAAUGUACUGAUACCGUCAUUCUCAAGUAGCAAUAAUACGGAUGAAUCGACCGCUGAGUUUACGAUUCCUGCCGAUUCGGGAUAUAAUUCCCGAGAGAUGGCAGAACCUACCCGUUCACUAUCUACAUCUUCUACUACAUACUCUGUAAAUCCAAGUACUAUCGAUAAAUUACAAGAAAUAUUGUUAAAAGGUGAUCGGGUUUCAGCUGUUCGGCUGGCGAUGCGAAAUAAUCUUUGGUCGCAUGCAUUAAUAAUUGCAAGUUGUGUUAACAAGGAUUUAUGGAAGGAGGUUGUAAAUGAGUUUGUUAGACAGGAACUUAGCGUCGAAGCAUGCGAACCUGCCCAAUCCAACGGGAGAGAGAGUCUAAGAGUGCUCUACGCCUUGCUUUCUGGACAGGGACAAAAUGCUA